UUCAUUUGUUGGUAUCACUGGAACUAACGUCAUCACUUUUGUGAUAAAUACUGAUAAUUCUGUUUGUUUUUACUUGUUUAGUCAACAUUCCAUUUUUAGUAUAAUAGUUUCAUUACUCUUUGUUUAAUAAUGGAACAGGAAAUAACAUGUCAUCCAAUGGAAACUUGGACCGAUUUAAAUGAUACUCUGAUGUCUUUACCAAUAUUUUCCUGUAAAAAAUGCCAACAAUUCCUAAUUCCGCCAAUACGUUUUGUAGCGGGUACCGGGCGCAUUUGUGGUGCAUGCACGUUACCCGAAAGUCAGGUGGCAAUACACGAUUCCGCCUUAGAAGUAAUCUUACAAACUUUGUCAAUCCCUUGUCCGAACUCUUCGAAGGGAUGUAAAGCAAAAUUGGAAUACUUUUCCGUUUCAUCUCACAUGUCGACGUGCUCCAACAGAAAUUACCGGUGUCCAUUCAGAUUUGUAACCGACUGUAUGUGGGAAGGUGGCGUGUCGCACAUAUCGAAGCACGCUAGUAUGCAGCACUUGGAUGAUGUCAUUAGGGUCGACAGUGGCGUCUUUCCGUUACAAGUAGAUAUUUCAAUUUCAAAUGAUACAAUCAAAAUAUUACAGAUGGAGUCUGAACAGUUUAUAGUGCACACUAAAUGCAACGUGAGCAAAUCCAAAUUGUAUUACUUCCUCUACUACAUCGGAAACAUUGAAAAGGCACAAGAAUUUUCAUAUUCAAUAGAGCAAACUGCAAACACAGGCGGUGACAAUUGUUCGUUGCAACACAAUUCCAAAUAUAAAAUUCUACAGGAUGUUAACUUCAAAAUGGACGGAGACGAAGAUAAUGCACUUGUAGUCGAUUUAUCUUUGGUGAAACAACUUUCACGAGGGCCAAUGGUAGGAACAGUAUUAACAAUAAUUUCCAAAAAUAACAAAUGCGAGGAGCUCGAUGAGAAAUUGCUCAGCUUUUUUGAAUGUCCAGUUUGUAAUAACUUCAUGAGACCACCGAUUUUUCAGUGUCUAUCCGGCCAUAGCUUGUGCAAUCGUUGCAGACCAAAGCUGGGACAAUGUCCGUCGUGCCGCACUGGAUUCGGUAACACGCGAAAUUACGCUUUGGAAUCUAUGAGUAACGGUAUCAAGUUUCCUUGCACAUAUCGCGAUUUGGGAUGCAAUGUCGUACUGUCAGCUUCGGACGUAAAUAAGCACGAACUGGAGUGCAAAGUGAGGCCGUACAACUGUCCAUUUAUGGAAAUUAAUCGCUGCUCCUGGGACGGUACCUAUCUCGGUAUUAUUACACAUUUGCGAGAACAACAUGCGGAUAAAUGUAAAUUUAGUAAUUACGCCAAGGUGUGCGCAGGAUUUACUUACGAAAACAAUUUCGCGGACGUAUAUUGCAUGGUUGUAAACGGUGAUAUAUUUCGGGUGUGUCAUAAACGGGAUAUGGGAAACCAUAAUACUUACUGGGCGGUGCAAUAUGUGGGACCACGGAACGAAGCCAAGAAUUACAAGUGCGAAAUUGGAUUACUAGAUAUCAGAAAUGAUAAUCGAAAGUUAAUCAGGUUCGAUUUAUGUCAAGAUUUAACGAACUUUGAUAGUAUGUUCAAUCAGUGCAUAAUGCUGCCAUCCAAUGUAGUUUCGUGGUUCUCCAACAAUGGGCAAGUUACAUAUUAUUGCAAAAUAAAUAAAAUUUCCAAUACCAAUUAAAAUUAUUAUACUUAGUCAAUUUUUAUAAUCUUGUACAGAAAAAGUUAAAUAAAUAUUACUUACAUCCAAAUACCGGAA